AUGACCCCAGCUUAUCGCGCUAUCGAUAAGCCCUCGAAGUGGGGAACACAAAAAAGACCGCCCACCAUGACAUAUUCAACCACAUACAAACCAUAAGGGAACAGACAGCUAGGGCAACGGGCCAUUGGAAAGAAAAAUGACCCUUCCAACGUUCAACAUGCCCCCUCCACCGUCUACCCCAUCACCGGGUCUCAACGUGAUAGCCCUGAUCUCGGGCGGAAAGGACUCUCUCUACUCCAUCCUGCACUGCAUUCGCAAUGGACACAAAGUAGUUGCCCUAGCAAACUUACACCCGGCACCAAAAACCACGCCAUCGCAUGAUCAGUCCAUCCAGAAAUAUGGCCAAGAUGGCUCCGGUGAUAUGGAAGAAGACAUCGAUAGCUUCAUGUAUCAAACGAUCGGCCACAGCGUGAUCCCACUCUACGAGUCCGCCCUGGAUAUCCCGCUCUAUCGCGCACCGAUUACCGGCGGCGCAGUCGAUACGGCUCGGAUAUACAGACACGAUGCAGCGGACCAGGCAGCAGAGCACGUCUCCAGCACGAACCCAGGCACGGGCUCAGACUCAGAAGACGAAACAGAGUCCCUCGUCCCACUGCUCCGCCGCAUCAUGCAGUCUCACCCAGAAGCCAACGCCGUCUCGGCCGGCGCAAUCCUAUCCACGUACCAGCGCACCCGCAUAGAGAACGUCGCUGGCCGACUCGGUCUCGUCCCGCUAGCCUGGCUUUGGAUGUACCCCUCCCUCCCCGCGCCGGCCGAGCGCGACGCGGAUCCCGCAGCUAUCGCGCAGGCGGGGCUUCUCGAGGAUAUGGCGGGGUGCGGGUGCGAUGCGCGCAUUAUCAAGGUUGCGUCGGGUGGGCUUGAUGAUGGGUAUUUGUGGGAGAAUGUGUCUGGUUCUGGGACUUCGGGGCGGGCGCUGCGGAGACGGCUGGUUAAGGGGAUGAGUCGGUUUGCGGCGGCGGAGGAUAUUCGGGGCGCGGUUUUGGGGGAGGGUGGGGAGUAUGAGACUCUUGCGCUUGAUGGGCCUGGAUUCUUGUGGAAAAUGAGGAUUGAGGUUGAAGAGAGGGAUGUGAGCAUUGGGGAAGGGGGUGUCGCGUUUGUGAAGUUGAAGGGGGCGAGAUGUGUUCCCAAGUCUGAUGGGCUGGAGUAUACGCCGAGAGAUGUGAGGAGACCGGCUUUGUUGGAUGGGUUGUUUGAUACGGCUUUGGCUGGAAUAUCGUCCCUGUCGGUGCAUCAGACGGGGUUAACAGUCUCUAGUGAGUCUGUGCCGUCGCUGGAAUGGUCUAUCGGCGAACCGAAUCACCAUUUGUCUCCGUCGACAUGGACUGUUUCAAACCUCGUUGCGCCAGGGGCAGGUCCCGGCGCGGGCGAACAGAUGAGCGCUAUUGUCACCAAAGUCCAGCAUGCACUGUCAUCUCCUCCAGUUUCCAUCUCAUCUCCUCGGUCCACGGAGGAUAUUGUCUUCGCCACCGUCCUCCUUCGAUCCAUGUCCGACUUUGUCCUUAUGAACAACGUCUACGUCUCCCUCUUUAAAAAGUCAAAUCCGCCAGCCCGCGUUACGGUCGCCUGUGGUGAUGCCCUCCCUGCCAAUGUGAGGGUCAUGGUCUCCUUUGUGAUUGACCGGGGCGCACGAGACCGGCGCCAGGGCCUGCACGUGCAGUCGAGGUCGUACUGGGCACCGGCGAACAUUGGCCCAUACUCACAGGCAAUGUCUAUCCCAUUACAAGACGAGGGGAGAAUUAUUUAUAUUGCGGGCCAGAUUCCGUUGGAGCCGGCUUCUAUGGAGGUUGCUGCGCAAGGUACGCCCUGGUUUGAUGGGUAUUCUCUGAGGGCUGCGUUAGCACUCCAACAUCUAUGGAGAAUCGGCGAGGCUAUGCAGGUUGAUUGGUGGCUCGGUGCCGUGGCUUUCAUAACUGGUCGUGACCAUAUUGAGGGGCAGGUGCGUAUUGCAUGGGAAUUGUGGAAGAAGGUCCAUUCUCGGCCUGAGGGCGAUGACGAUGGGGAUGAAGGUCCACAGCUUGAUGCUUGGGAUAUCAAGUACGGACGGAGAGCGGAGGAACUGAUGCCCCAAGCGGUAGAGUCGAGUCUUCCCAGGUUCUCGAUUCUUGAUGAGGAUUGCCAAUCGACUAUCCCACCUUUCCUAGCAGUUGAGGUCGAUGAGCUUCCUCGGGGAAGUGAUAUUGAGUGGCAGGGACUGGGGAGUCGGUGCCAGCAGGCGAAGGUGCUGAGCUUGGAAGAUGGAACGUCGACAAUUGCCGAUGGGCGAUACAGCUACCAUUCCCUAGAGCUUGAGCCUGAAAGCUCUGGUGUGUCAUUUGAAGAGAGGCUUCGUUCGCUGGCCACAUCUCACUGCCAGACGUCCGGCCUGUCUCAGGCACUUUUAUACACUACACUGCCAGUACCGGAGAGAAUCUGGCCAGGCCAAAUUGUUCCAUGCCGAUCGGUUUGGGGGCGGGAAGGACGACGCUUGACUGCUGCUGCGGUCUUGCAGAAGGAGUGCGGAGUGGAUGUAUAACUACCCUAAGUGAUAGAUACAUUGUUGGAUCUAGUCCCAUCAAAAGGUCUCAAGUUGGUCGUGUGGAAGCAGAUAUCACUAUUGAAGCACAUAUUUUGGAAGCUGUAUCUGAAGUAUCGCCUAUGAAUCCCAAAUAUAGGAUUCCAGGUAGUAAUGGAGUCAGUCGGAG